AUGCCGAUUUUAUAUGCGGCCGAAGACACCGUCGAGAAGUGGCUCAACAGCCUUCUCUGCCUCAAUGUGACGGUCAUGCCACGCUCGAGCGCGCACAGCUGCCCGCACCCCGCACAUUCCAGGAGAACAAGUUUGCUUUCUGGCGCACGCGUGGUGCGCAUUGCGACACAUCCGGACUAUGUGAACUUUCUGUGCCAGGCACCCAAGCACCUAAAAUGUCCUCAAAUUUACUUAUCAGAUGGUCGAGAGAUCCCCUCAGCCGUACUCGCAGUUGCUGCUGAUUACCGUAAUCCUUUCUCGCAGAUUCGCCACCACAUCUAUUGCGUAUGGACAUCGUGUUCGUUCAGAUGA